AUGGCUCUUGCGGCGGGCUGGGGAUGGGGAUGUGUGAAGAGUUCCAUGCUCCACCAGAGCUACGAGAAGCGCUUGCGCAGGUCCAUGUCGCCCAAGCGGCGUCGACGGUCGGCAGGCGGCGGAGGCGGCCGGACGGGAUCGCCGUCAGAGCGGCUGCUGCGCAAUACAAAACGGAGGCUGCUUGGCGGCGCUGGUGGGCUGGACGACUCGCUGGCGUCGACGUCGAGCGCAGGCGGCGCCUCGCCCAACGCAUCGCUCGACUCGACGGCAUCGGCCACAGCCGCUGCACUGCUCGAGACCUCUUUUGCCCGUAGCGAGCGCUUCGGCUCGGCGGCACUCGAGAACCGCGCUCCGUCGCCGGUCUAUGCCGAUCGGUACAUCCCGUCGCGCGCAGGGACCAACUACUCGCUCGGCCUCUCGCUCCUAGACGCCAUGGAUGAUGAGAACGAGGCCGGGAGCGCUCCGGGCGACGGCGCCGGCCCGUCGGGAGAUGCAGCUCCCGGAGCCGGGGCUGCUGCUGUUCCGGGAAACAUGCAGGGGGGCCGCGGCCGCGCGAGUUCGACCGCGUCCGACGCGUCGGUCACCGGCGACGCGGGCGCGACCACGUACUCGACCGUCCUUCGGUCCGAGCUGCUGGCCUUUGCCUACAGCUCGCCUGGCGAAGGCGGCGAGGGGCACGCCAUGCGUGGGGCCGGCGGCUCGCCACACCGUGCUGCCGUCGCCAUGGCCUCGCCGUCGCUAGUCACUUCGCCGCGAAAGUCGCCUGGCGCCAUGCGCAGCCGGCGCGGCCGCGACGCCGGUGCGGGUGUGGCCGGCGCGGCCAGCUCGCCGGCGCGGCGCAAUCUGUUCCAGUACGCACCACCUGCCGAGACCCAGGCGCCGGUCGACUCGCCGUACUCGCUCACGCCGGUCGGCAUCCAGACCCAGCGACUGCUUCUCUCGCCGCGCAAGGCGCCGCGCAAGAUCUCGCGGGUCCCGUUCAAGGUCCUCGACGCGCCACGGCUGAAGGACGACUUUUACUACAACCUUAUUGACUGGUCCGCCCUCAACAUGCUGGCAGUCGGGCUUGGCUCAUGCGUGUACCUCUGGUCGGCCUGCACGUCCAAGGUCUUCAAGCUCUGUGACGUAGGCCCGAACGACACGGUCGCGUCCGUCACCUGGGUCCCCGACGGCAAGCAUCUUGCUGUCGGCACGGUGCAGGGCAAGGUCGAGGUGUGGGACGCUGCCAAGCGCAGCCUGGUCCGAACCUUUGCUGGCCAUCGCGACCGAGUUGGGACCAUGGCAUGGAGCACAACCGUGCUUGCCACUGGCUCGCGCGACCGCCAGAUCCUGCAGCACGAUCUCCGUGCCGCAGACUCGCACGUCGGCCGCUUCUACGGCCACAACCAGGAGGUGUGCGGCCUCAGAUGGUCGCCUGACGAGCAGCACCUGGCGUCGGGCGGCAACGACAACCGCCUGCUCGUCUGGUCCGUCUCGUCCACCCUCCCGGUCCUCAAGAUCACGGCCCACAAGGCUGCCAUCAAGGCCAUCGCCUGGUCACCUCACCAGAGCGACCUGCUGGCGACGGGCGGUGGAACUGCCGACCGGUGCAUCAAGUUCUGGAACAUUGCUGGUGGGACAACCCCGCUCUCAAUCGUCGACACCGGCUCGCAGGUCUGCAACCUCCACUGGUCACGCAACGUCAACGAGCUCGUCUCCACUCACGGCUACUCGCAGAACCAGAUCGUCGUCUGGUCGUACCCCUCGAUGCGCCCGCUCUCUACUCUCACGGGUCACACCUACCGUGUCCUCUACCUUGCCGUCUCGCCCGAUGGCCAGACGGUUGCCACAGGCGCCGGCGACGAGACCUUGCGCUUCUGGAACGUCUUCCCCUCGGGUGCCUCCAGCUCAUCAUCCGGCUCGCCCGCGCUUCACCCGUCGCGCUCGGACAUCCGCUAGACAUCGCCUGUGCCCAUGUCCACGCCCGACUAGCCCUAGCAAGCUGCUCAACUCGAUCGGCCCAGCAGAGUGAUGCUUGAUAAAUCCCUGCUACUACGG